GUUAAGUAAAGAGUUUUUUUUCUCAUUUCCAACACACACAAGACACGAUUGUGGAUUUAAUUUUAUUUGAAAUACUAUUUUGCCACCGUUUAAAACUGAUAAUGUGAAAACUCUUAUAUAUUUGAAUAUUAAGCUAUGUGAAAACCCUCACGUUUGAAUACUAAGCUAUGGCUAACAUGGACAUAGACGAGGCCCUAGCCUCUCUCGAGGUGCUGAUGUCGGAGUUUUUUGCUCCGUCCACCAGCAACCUCCGCAAGAGAGAAAUAGAGAGCAUGCUGGAGAAUUUUUCCAACCGCCGAGAUUCAUGGAAGCACUGUUUGCUGUUUUUACAAAAAUCUCAAAAUCAAUAUGUGCUUAUGUUUACUUUGACUACCUUAGAAAACAUAAUAAAUAGACAGUGGAUAAGUUUAUCAGAUAAUGAAAAAACUGAGAUAAGACUGACCCUUUGGAAUGAGUUGAUGGCUAAACAUGAAGUGAUGUUAUAUUUCAUCAGGAAUAAAUUAGCAGCUUUAAUGGUGUCCAUUGCCCGCUAUGAUUGGCCACAUCUAUAUCCUGAUUUUUUCAGCAAUAUAAUUGAGUUGGUGGUGAGCAGCGGGCGGCGCUGCCUGCUGGGGCUGACGCUGGCGCAGGCGGCGAGCGAGGAGCUCGGGGCGGCGCGCGACACCGGCGUGCUGCUGACCAGCGCGCGCCGCACCAUGCUGGAGCGACUCAUGCUGCGCGGCAUGCCGCAGCUACUGGCUGCACUGAGCGCAAUACUAGAAGGAGAUGCGCAGAAGGAAGGGCAGUCCAACCCGCCGCCGUCGCCCACCAGCGGGGUGCCGCACACGUCGGCGCUGCCCGACCUCCUAGCCAACGCACGGGACGUACCGGUGCCCGAUAAAGCUCUAGAAAUGGAAAUAGUGGUAAAGUGUCUAACAACACUCCAGCAUUUGUUCUCGUGGUUACCAUUGUCUUCUCAUGUCCCACCGUCACUCGUCACCACUGUGUUCUAUUGGGGCAGCAUCGCCACACAGAAUCAGAGUGCAGAAGCGGCUUUAGCAGGUCUGGGCGGGGUGUGCGAGUUACUAUACCGGCGGUACGCGCCUCCCUCGUCCGCCGCCACGGCGCUGCGCCUGCACCACUGCGCGCUGCGGCUGCUGAGGCAUCUGACACAUGCGCCUGCGCAUCUGCACGCUGAUUACCUGAACAAGUUAGCGGAGUUCCUGAAGCUGUUUGUGUCGCUACAUUUCAAAAGACUGGAGGCUGAACCCGAAUUUGAUGCUAUUGAAUUUUUGUCCUAUUUAUUCCAGUAUACAUUCCAGGUGCCUACAUGUGCAAUUUUCGUGAACUGCUUAGAUAUAUGGAUACAAUUUAUAGAUAUUUUAAAACCAGAAGACACUGCCAAGUAUUGGGAAGCGUUAAGAGCUCUAGUGGAAGGAGUUCUGAACAAGAUCCAGUUCCAACACAACAAGGCGCAACUGCAGCACCUCGACAACGAUGUUUGUGACGACGAUGGUGAAACAGAAUGGCAGACUUUCCUCAAACACUGCAUAGAGUGCAUAGCGAGGGUAGCCGACUUGGCUCCUUUAGAUGUAUUUUCAUUGGUGCUAGAGCGGUGGCAGUGCCUGGCGGGCGUGCACGCGCGGGCGGCGGCGCGCGGCGUGGAGGGCGACCGGCUGCUGGCCGCGCUGCUCGACCUGGCCACGCUCACGAGGGUGCUCGGCCGCCUGGCGCCCGCGCUGCUGCAGGAUGGGGACUCAGUCGGCCUCGCGGGCGCGCGGGCGGCGGGCCUGGCGCUGGUGGAGCGCGCGGGCGCGGCGCUGGGCUCGGCCGCCGCCGCGCGCGCGCACCGCCACGCGCCGCCGCACCACGCGCACGCGCAUCUGCACCUGCAAGCAGAGCUGUUCGCGUGCAUGGGCGCGUGGUCGUGCUACGCGGCGCAGUGCGGCGUGCCCGCCUCCACGCUCGAGGGGCUACUGGCCGCCGCCCUGCCCGCGCUCACCGCAGUCCCACCUGAGCCGCCAAUCCUGAGCCACGCGGCGGCGCGCCUCCUGCUCAGCGUGUCCAAGAACGUGAAGUUCAGCAGCGACCCGGUGGCGCUCGUCGGAGACCUGUUCAGCCAGGCGCAGCGCUCGCUGCAGUAUCUCGAGCCUAAGACAGCAGCGGUAGUCCGCGAAGCGUUGCUCUGUCUCGCUCUAACCCGCUCGACGCCGGCGGGGGCGGGCGCGCGGGGCGAGGCGGCAGCUCGCACGCUAUUGGCUGCCUGGUCCGCGCCGCUGCACACGCUAGGCCCCGCCCACACGCUGCCGCCACUCACUGCGGUGCUAUUGGCGUUCUCUGAUGCGCCGACUUAUUCUAAAAAGAUAAUAGCGGAGGGCAUCCUGAGCGCCGCGGAGGCCGCGCUGCGCAUGCUGUGCGCGCCGGCGUGCGCGGGCGAGGCGGAGCUCACGGACUUCUUCCUGGCUCUCUUCACGAGCCUGCUGCAGCAGCUGGGGGCCUUCACGUACACGGCCAUUGAUGUGUUCUUGCAGGUUGCUCAGAGAGGCGGUUCAGACGCGAGUCUCGAGCGUCUAGUCGAGUGCGUCCGUUUAGGCGUGGAGACGGGCGCGGGCGGCGUGCGCGUGCCGCCGGUGCUGGCGCUGCUCACCGAGCACGCGCUGCCGAGGGCGCCCGCCGCCGCGCCCGACCUGGCGCGCGCCACGCACAGGCUACUAGCCAGCGUCCUAAUCCACCGGUGGCGCUACUUCUUCCCCAACAAGCCGGGUCCUGCAGGCGAGGAGGAGCGGCGUAUGGCGGAGCUACGUGCGGCACUCACGGCGCUGGGGCGAUCGCUGCUCGAGCCAGAUAUUGAGGUGUUCAGACUGAGUAUUGAGACGUUGGAUACGCUGAAUACCAAGUGGAAGCUUUAUCAUAAGGUGCUAUUCCGCACGGAGUUCCUGGCGGAAUUCUUGUCCGUGCUACUAAUAGGCGUGGGCGAGCGCGGCGGCGGGCGCGCGCUGUUGCGUGAGGAGGUGCUGUCGGCGAUCCACGCGAUGGCGGCGGUGGACUUCGCGGCGUUCCGGCACGCCUUCCUGCCGCACUUCCUGCGCUCGCUGCACGGGCUGGCUCCCGAACAUGUGGAGCAUCUCGCGCAGUUCCCGCCCGACACUGACCUGCCGACAUUUACACAGAACAUCCAGCGGCUGAUGAACGACGUGAACUGUUACCGCGCGUACAACUCUCUCACCCCGGCCGACGCCCCCUAGCGGCCAGCGCGGGCGCCGCUGCCCGAUCUGUUACUGUGACGGUAAUGGUCUAGAAAAAAGCGGCCGUAAUAUAACGUGAAAGAUAAUUUUUGUAUGUAUUGUGGUGAAUUAUGCGACGUGGUGGUAGAUGGGCCAACCCAUACCAGGUUUUUCUUAGCCUCCACGGUAGUAACGCUAUAAAAACCUUGAUAAAAUUGUUAAGAGGUGGAUGAUAUCAUAAAAGGUCGCAAUUUUGUCCUGUUGUUGUUAAAAAUAAGCGAUAACAAUGUAAGGACAUCAAGGUCACAUGUAAGUGAUUAGGACAGAUGUAAAAAUUGGUUUUUACUUAUGCGAGGUUUUUCUUAUUUUAGUCAUUAAAAUAUAAUAAUGUUAAAAUCAUUAAAUUUGGGUUUGGUCCUGCCCCUAAAGUCUUCCGCAAGAAUCGACGGGGCUACGUGGUAAAUAGGUACGUCGAUACCUAAUAUAAAAUGUAGGUAUGCAUUAUGAUGUCAUGAAGAAUGUGUUUACAUUAUUACAUAAGUCUGCUUUUUUCUUUGAGGGUAAAUAGUUCAGGGUGCUUGGUAUAAUAAAUAAUAAUAAAUAGAUCGAAAGAUCUGUGCUUAUAACAUUGAUGACCACAUCAUGCAUUUUAUAUCUAACAGCCGCCUAGUUUUUUUUUAUAUGUGACAUCAUAUUGAUUUUACAUAUUUGCUGCGAUGUUCAUUUCAUGCGUUGAUGUUUACAUUUUUAGGACCUAGUCGAUAGAGAUAUAGCUUGCUUUUGCUAUUCAGGUUUAAAAAAAUGCGGAAUAUAUUUAGUGUUAUCCGAUUGAUUCACUCACAGCUUAUUACUUUAAUAAAUUAGCGUAAUAACGAUGCAACAAUAAUCUGCAAAUAUGAAUCAAUAUCAAACUAAACCGAUCGCUUAUUCAUAAAUUACAGUCUCCACUAGUAUAGGUACCACUUUUAAUAACUUAGGUAUCGUAUAAAGCACAUUUUAAAAUCUUAUGAUCUGUACCACCAUAUUGUAAGGAAAUCUAUAUUCUAAAAAUCAAGGAUUUGAAUUGUGAUUAUGACUGCCAUUUGAAAUACUUUCCUAUGAAUAAUUAGUAAAUUAAGGGGUAAAUGUUAUUUAUAUGGAUUUGAUAGUAGUUUUAAUAAUGGUUACAAAUUGGUUUUGUGUUUCUAUAGGGAUGUAAUGCGGUAUCAAUGUGCAUUUAUUUGUUUCGUGCUUUCAAGAUAAGUUGGGCGUGCAAUAGGAAUUGUUUUAAGUGUUAUUUAGACCAUUAGAUUAUUCUUUGUCUUAGGUAGUAGUGUAUUACAAAAUGAAUUUACCAAUAAAUAACAGUUUUUUAAAUUAAAAAAAC